AUGACUGCUUUCAAUUUCUCGACCACUGGGUCUGAAGUAGUUGCUGCGUUGGCAGAUCGAGUCACUGGGAAGACAUUUACUGAGAAGCCGUUAGUUGUGAUUACUGGAGCCAGUCAUGGAGGACUUGGAGCCCACACAUCCCUCUGCCUAGCAGCCGCCAAUCCUGCGGAGAUCAUCCUUCUUGGGCGCUCCGAGGAGAAAGUCUCCCCAGUCAUGAAGGAGAUCAGUAGCAUCAGCCCCUCGACCAUUGUUCGAUUCAUCAAAAUUGACCUCUUAUCCUGCGUAUCAGUGCGCGCCGCGGUAGCGGAGAUCAAUGCGUCUGUCUCUAAGAUCGAUGUCCUCGUCAAUAACGCAGGCAUUAUGGGUGUUAAAUUUGCUCUUACUCCUGAGAACGUGGAAAGCCAGCUGGGUGCAAACCAUAUUGGUCAUUUCCUGCUCACCAACCUCCUUAUUCCAAAGCUUGAAUCUUCUGGUGGCGCUCGCAUCGUGAAUUUAGCCAGUGCUAUGUACCAGCUCAGCCCAGUCAUGUUUGAUAACUAUAACUUCUCCGACGGAAAGACCUAUAACGCUUGGGAAGCUUACGGCCAGUCCAAGACAGCGAACAUCUUGUUUGCUGUUGGAUUGGCCGAGAAACUGGAGAAGAAGGGAAUCAAGUCCUAUUCCUUGCAUCCUGGAGUGAUACACACAACGGGCCUGUCCGAUGUGGACCAAGCAGCGUGGCCAAUUGUGGGAGCUUUGUUUGAAAACAAGAAGCUGGAGAUGCCAAAGGAAAAGACCAUCGGGCAAGGCUGCGCAACUACUCUUGUUGCGGCUCUGGACCCUACCCUGGACGAAAAUGUUUUGGACUACGCCUCUGACCUCGUCAAUGCAAACAAGUUGUGGAAUCUCAGUGAGGUAAUCGUCGGGGAAGAAUUUCGUUACUGA